AUUUUAUGUAUAUUAUCAAUAACGAGGGCUAAUAAGUCUGAUUUAAUUAUAAACGAUUUGUUAUUAAAUAAUGAAAAUCCUAAAAUUUAUAAUAUUGGUGCUGUACUUAACUCUGGUGACAGUAUAUUUGAAUUUUCGCAAACAAUUGAAGAUAUUAAUAACAGACCCGGAUUUCUACCUAAAGGUAUUACAUUAUAUGCGGUGACAAUAGUAAUGAACACAAACCCCAUCCGUACGGCUCAAAGUGUUUGCGAUAAACUAAUAUCAUCACAGGUCUACGCUGUCAUAGUAUCUCAUCCUUCAAAUGGCGAUCAAUCUCUUUCAUCAGUUUCCUUCACUUGUGGUUUCUACAAUAUUCCAGUAAUUGGUAUAUCAAAUAGAGACAGUACAUUAUCAAACAAAAAUCUACAUGGGUCAUUCAUGAGAACUAUUGCUCCGCAUUCACAUGAGACAGAUGUCUGGACAGAGAUAUUGAUUCGUCUAAAGUAUUUAAGUGUUGUCUUUAUCCACAGCUCCGAUAGCGAUGGCAGAAGCACUUUAGGCCGGUUCCAGAAUUUAGCGGAUAUCGCUAACAUCAAAGUGGAAACUAUUAUCAAAUACGAACCGGCAGUUCUGUCAAUAGCCGAUGCAUUAGAAGAGGCCAAACGAGAGCUUACGUGUCGGGUAUUUAUUUUGUACGCUAACACUGAAGACGCACAAAGUAUUUUCCAAGAAGUAAAUCGACAUAAUAUGACUGAACCGGGAUAUGUAUGGCUGGUCUCAGAGCAAGCAUUAGACGCUCCUAACAGACCUAAUGGUGUGCUUUCGCUAAGAAUUAAUUCUGGAAACGAAAGCGCAAUAAUUCGUGACUCAGUUCAAGUGUUAGCAAAUGCUUUGAAAGAGAUGUAUGAAACCGAUAACAUAACUGUCCCGCCGGCCGAUUGCGCAAAAAUAUCAUCGACUAAAUGGGAAUCGGGAAUCAAAUUUGUAAAACAUUUAAUUAAUCAAACUUUUAAUGGAAAGACGGGUAGAAUAGCUUUCGAUGAGUUUGGAGACAGACUUUUCAGUGAAUAUAAUCUCAUUAAUGUAAUCGAUGGCAGAGAAGAGAUUGUCGGUCAUUACUCAUUCUCCAAGAAUAUCAUGAAAAUGGAGUUACAAUUAAUUGAGGAUCAAGUGGUUUGGCCGGGAAAUCAAAAAGAUAAACCUUUAGGAUAUAUUAUACCAAAACAUUUAAAAGUUUUUACUUUGGCUGAAAAGCCAUUUGUUUGGGUAAAGCCUGUAUUGAAAGAUGGUAUUUGCAAAAAUGGACAAAAAAUGUGUCCCAAAUAUUAUUUUCCAGAAAAAAGAUAUAUCGAUGAAUGUUGUGAAGGAUAUUGUAUUGAUUUAAUGGAAGAGUUGGCCAAAAGAUUGAAUUUUACUUAUGAUUUGGAACAAGUAAAAGAUGGACAAUACGGCUCAUAUGAAUUCAUUAAUGGAGACAAGUCUUGGACAGGACUCGUAGGAGAAUUAGUAUAUAAAAGAGCAGAUAUGGUGGCCGCACCUCUCACUGCUAAUCCUGAAAGAGGACAAGUCAUCGAUUUUUCCAAACCAUUUAAAUACGAAGGCAUAACAAUAUUACAGAAAAGACAGCCACGAAAGGCAGCGUUGGCUUCAUUUUUACAACCAUUUGAAAACACGUUAUGGUUAUUAGUGUUAGUAUCAGUACAUGUGGUGGCACUGGCACUCUAUCUACUCGAUAGGUUCAGUCCUUUUGGUGGCUUUAAAAUGUUGAAUGUGGUCCCAUCAGAUGAAGGUGCUCUCAAUCUUUCCAGUGCUAUCUGGUUCUCAUGGGGUGUCCUAUUAAACAGUGGAAUUGGAGAAAGAACUCCGAGAAGUUUUAGUGCUCGUGUUUUAGGUAUGGUUUGGGCUGGGUUUGCUAUGAUAGUUGUCGCCUCUUAUACCGCUAACUUAGCCGCAUAUCUUGUGCUUAAUCCUCGUGACGAUCACGCGGUGUCUGGUAUUGAGGAUUCUCGACUGAGAAAUCCAACUGAAAACUUCACGUUUGCAACUGUAAAGGGAAGUGCUGUCGAUAUGUUCUUCAGAAGUCAAGUACAUCUUUUUAAUGCCUACCGAACUAUGGAAGAGACAAACAAAAAUAGUCCCGAAGAAGCCAUAGCAGCCAUUAAAGACGGAUAUCUCAAUGCAUUUAUAUGGGAUUCGCCACGACUUGAGUACGAAUCGGCACAGGAUUGUGAUCUCGUUAUUUCUGGUGAAUUGUUUGGUCGAUCCGGUUAUGGUAUUGGUCUACAAAAGAAUAGUUUUUGGACCGAAAAAGUGACGUUAGCUUUACUACAAAUGCAUGAAAGCGGAUCAAUGGAAGCGUUGGACAAUAAAUGGAUUCUUCAAUCAGAAACAGACUGUGAGAGUAAGACAGAGCACUUCCCAUAUACUUUGGGCAUCAAGAAUAUGGCCGGAGUUUUCAUUUUAGUUUUCGCUGGAAUUGUCGUCUCUUUUGGAUUAAUAGUCAUUGAAAUCGUUUACAAAAAAAGAAGAGCACGAAAGCUAAGACGAUUGGCAAUUGCUAAGAAGUUAGCCAUCAAAUGGCGUUUAAGGACUCAAAAAAGCAAAUCCUAUCCAUUAAACUUAUAUUCGGCGUUUCCGGUGCUCAACAAAGAGUUCAAAGAGUUGGCAAUUAAUAAAAGCUUUGAAAUAGACUCGCGAUCUUCGACUCCAUGCGAUUCACAAUCAUUUGUCAUCCCUCCGCCUCCACCCCCACCUCAAACUUUUCAAAGAAUUCCCUCAACAUAUACUACUUAUACAACUGUUCCCAAAAGAUCAGCCCAACAAAAAAUAUAUGAAUAUAAACAAAGACGAUCUCUUGGAUAUUACUAA